AUGUACGCCAUUCUUUACUGGGAGGAUUCGACGUUUACCGUCAUUUCUCUUGGAACGAUUAUUUCGCCAAGGAAGGAAAUCAACGAGUAUGUCCUAGGCGAAACUGUGAAAGCUAAAUUUGGAGGCAAGGUUUACAGCGCCCAGAUCUACGAGAUAUCCGAUGACAGAGCAAUGCUGAACAAGAAGCUCAAGGACGGGAUGAAAAUUGAUUUCCAAAGACUACAUCUAGAGGACCCCUCCAGUUCUGCAGUUCCCAGUGGACCGGCCAUUACUGAAGUUUCCAGUGGACUGACCAUUACUGCGGUUACCAGUGAAUCAAAGAAAGGCCAUAAAUCUUCAGAUGACCUGGAUAAGCCAAAGACAGUAAGAAAGAGGAGGAUCACAGCGCAAGAGCAGUCUGUCUUAGAAGUGAACCCAUCGGGAGACCCUCUUGAAACGGAGGGAAAUGGAGAAGACAGCUAUGGAGACACCCACAGCUUCAGUCUUCGAGACAUCCACAGUUUCCUCCUUAGAAACAGCUUCACACGGUGCAAUUUCGAGGGUAACACCAACAGUAUCCAACUUCCAGUCACCCACUUUUUCAGCUUUUCAUGGACCAACACAGCUUCAGUCACCUACACUUUUAACGUCUCUCUUCCAGACAAACAUGGUUACACCGGACCGAAUUCCAGUGAGAAUUUCAGGGCGACUCAAAGUCAGUGGCAGGCUGAUUUCCAGGAGCCACUAAUGAAUGACUAUGGAUUUCUGCCUAUGGGUCCUACAACACCAGUCAGAUGUAAUGAAUCAUACUUGUCCAUGUUAAACAGCCCAUUGGAAACUGAACAGACUAAGUCAGGGUGCCAGAAAUGUGCUGACGCGCUUGAAAAGCUGGAAAACAGACUUCUAGAGUUGGAAGCAGAGAUGAAAGCCAUCAAGCGCAAUGGGUACAAAAAGCAUAACCCUAUAAAACAGCCGAUGGUACAAAGCCCAAUCUCUGGAAAUAUUGUGCAGAGGGACACAGUAGCAGCCAUACACGAGUCCACAGAGGUAACUGAAAAAAUAGUUUCGGAAAUAAUCCAAUAUGAAACACGGUUGCCGAAGGCGCUUGCCAAAGCCAUGAGGGCAGUUUUUACAAGGCAGCAGCUGGCCGAAUGCUCCUUCAAAGGAGGUAUCACAACAAAAGGACUGCCUCGUCUGGGACUGCCGGUUGCAGAACGAGACACAAUUAUUGAUGUUAUUUCCAGACACUUUGAAGUCGACAAGCCUGUUGUGGAGCAAAAGAUGCGAAGUGCUUUGCACAGAUUUUAUUUGAUGUUCAAAUAAGUGAAUGACCUUGUAAAUCUGUAAAUAUGGACAUGUAUAUAUUAGAAACGCAGUGUUAUUUAACUUACUCUUAUUGUUGUUCUUAAACUUUCUAGUGCUUUUUGUUGUUGUUUUUAAGGCUGAGAACAUAUUGUCAAGGAGUGCUUUGCUAUGUUUCGUAUUUCCUUUUCAGUAUUGUAUGUCAAUAUAAGACUUUUUAUCGUACAUGUACAAAUGUAAAUAUGGACAUGUAUAUAUUAGAAACACAGUGUUAUUUAAAUUACUCAAAUUGUUGGUUCAAUAACUUCAUAGUGCUUUUUUUAUUAAUGUUUUUAAGGCUAACAAAAUAUUGUCAAGGAAUGUCUUCCUAUGUUUUGUAUUUCCUUUUUAGUAUUGUAUGUCAACUUUUUAUGAGACUUUUUACCUUACAUGAUAAAUGGUCAAUGUCUUUCACAUUUCUGAAAUAUUAAGGGUUACUGAUUUUAUAGUAAGAUUUAAGCAGGCUUUUUUUCUUCGAUUCAUUUUAUUCAGUGAUGAUUCGUUUAUGUUUAUAUAUACUUUAUCAGUGUUGGCUUGGUGAAAGGGGAAUACAUGUCUCUGUGAUGAUCUUUCACUCCACUGUUAUAUGUAAAUGUGUAACUUUAUAUUUUAGAUUCUAAUAAAUGUGUUUAUUUAUCUAUUUAAUUAAA